CAAACAACCUAAUGCUCUUGGAAGCCUCAGCUCACUGUCCGUCGCUUUCGCCUUUUCACUUUCUCUGAGAAAUAGAGAAAAAAAGGUAAACAAACGUGAAAAAGAAGAAGAAAAACAGAAAAGAAGUAGAGAAAACCUCUCCAGAGUUCUUCAUUUGCAGUCUCGCGGAGCUCCUCAAAGCAAAAAAUGCAGGUUCAAUGAAUUUUUUUUCAAAUUGAAAGUCAUGCAUUGCUCUUCCCAAAGGCAAGCAAGGAUGAAUAAAGAAAAUGAACCUACUGAAAAAGUUGAAGAGCCUACAGGAAGAAUUACUCGGGCACGGGCUAAAGCACAGGGGGGAGCACCUUCAAAACCAUCCUUCAGACAGGAACCACAGGAUAAAAAACGUGUUCUUCGAAUAAACUCCAAACGUGCAUCAUCAGAUGAAAACAGGGCUUCUAUGACUUCUACCGUUGGUCUUAAGCCAAAAAGAAGGGCAGUGCUUAAAGAUGUAACGAAUGUCAUUGCUGAAUCUGCUGAUAGUAUGCACAUGGAAUGCUUAAAUGCAAACAAAAUUCAGACCUCCAAGCAGAUCAUUAGAGAUCCUAGGGAGAAGAACACAGAAAUGGUUGAAGAUAUCGUCACGGGGAUUCCAUCAGUUGAAGAAGAUGUGAAUGCAAAGUUAGCAGAAGGCUUGUCAAAAAUAAGGGUGAUGGAGGCACAAGAAAACACUUUACCAGUAAAACUGGAAGAAAGAGAAGUAGCGGAAUCUACGUGUCACAGUGCAAGUGAAUGUGCUGUACCAGAUUCAAUGCCUCCAAUACAGGUUUUUACAGUGCCUGUUGGACACGAAUGCUCUCAAAGAAAAGAAGAUGGGGUUUGCAAGAAACUAGAAGGCUUGAAAGAUGUUGUGGAUAUUGAUUCAAACUUAAAAGAUCCUCUAGUAUGUAGCUUGUAUGCCCCAGAAAUAUACGACAAUAAGCGUGUGACUGAGCUUAACCGAAGAAUUUCAACCAAUUAUAUGGAGCAGGUGCAGCGGGAUAUUACCCCAAGCAUGCGAGGAAUUCUGAUUGAUUGGCUAGUGGAGGUUUCUGAAGAAUAUAAGUUAGUCCCAGACACACUGUACCUCACAGUGAGCCUCAUUGAUCGUUUUCUCUCUCACAAUUUUAUAGAAAAACAAAGACUCCAGCUACUUGGUGUUACUUGCAUGCUAAUUGCAUCAAAGUAUGAAGAGAUUUGUGCACCAAGAGUGGAAGAAUUCUGCUUCAUCACUGAUAAUACCUACACAAGAGGAGAGGUGCUGGAAAUGGAGAGGAAAGUUCUGAAUUUCUUGUAUUUUCAGUUAUCUGUUCCAACCACAAAAACAUUUCUCAGGAGGUUCAUUCGAGCAGCACAAGCAACUUACGAAGUCCCUCGCCUGGAACUAGAGUUCUUAGCAAAUUAUUUAGCAGAGCUCAGUCUUGUUGAGUACAGCUUCUUAAAGUUUUCACCUUCACUCGUUGCUGCAUCUGCUGUUUUCCUUGCCAGAUUGACCCUCAAUCAAUCAGUCCAUCCGUGGAAUCCAACGUUGGAGCAUUAUACUCAUUACAAGGCAGCCGAGCUAAAAGCUACUGUACUUGCGUUGGAGGACUUGCAACUCAACACUAAUGGUUGCUCCCUCAAUGCCAUUCGCAACAAGUACAAACAACAAAAGUUCAAAUGCGUAGCGACGAUGAGUUCCCCAGAAAGAGUUGUAUCAGUGUUAUUCUAAAACGUAA